AUGGGUAUAACUUCCGAAGGAAUCGGUCCUGGUACCAUCAAGGCGACAGGGAUUGCAUUGAUUGUACUCACUUCGCUUGUGGUCCUGGUUAGAUUUAUCGGGUCCGUACGGCGACCGAAGGACCUCAAGGCAGAAGAUUACUUUUUGAUCGUUGGAUAUGUCUUCUUUUUGGAAUUGGGUAUCCUUUACAUCUACAUUGCGCCGGUGAUCUUUCGACUGGCGGCUCUCUCGGCCGGAAAAAUCCUUCCCUAUCCAACUGUGACGGACGAUGCGGUGAAAUUGCAGAUCGUGUUCUUUGUCACCACCUCUUCAUUAUGGAUUUGUUUGUGGAUGGUCAAAUUUUCGCUCCUUUCAAUGUAUAAACGGCUAUUGGUGGGGAAGCAGUACCUCAUGGCUUGGUGGGCAAUCGUGAUACUCUGCAUUUUGUUCCUCAUCGGCUGCAUUCUAUCAUCCUGGUUCUCUUGCCAGAGUUUUCAUGCUUGGUUCACGGCCGGCGAAUGUAGUACAGCGCGCGACCAUCGCGCCGCUCGGAUCAGUUUAUACUUCGCCUAUGCGGUGGAUAUCCUUACUGACUUGGCCAUUAUGGCUUUGCCCCUGCGUCUCAUUUGGAACCUACGCAUGAAAUCACGACAAAAGCUGAGCAUCGGAGGUUUAUUUUGCUUCGGCUGGAUCUGCAUCAUCGUCUCCACACUACGCGUCGUAAAGCUUGGAGAAGGCACGGCAAACGGCACCCCAGCAACGUCAUGGCUAGCCCUAUGGGCCACGAUCGAAGCAUCGAUUGCCGUCAUGAUCGGAUGUUGCCCCGGGCUUUAUCGCGUCAUAAAAACCGGCCUUUCGCCAAGCAAGCACUCCUACGACUACGGCUCAUAUAACAUGCAUGGCCGUGGAGGGAGCGGUAUGCCGUCAAAUCGAUCGGGAACUAGAGGGGUGGAUAUUGCUCUCAAUAGCUUCGUGGGAAAAUCGGACGAUAUAUACCAAUCUGCGAGUGCGUACCGAUCGUCAAGCCCAGCAAGUAGUCAAGAGAAGUUGGCUCAGCCCAGCGAAAGGGGUAAUAUCAUGGUUAACUAUGGUGUUGCGGUGACGGUUGAGAAUCGAUCGAGUGACUAUAAUCGGCCACAACAGUUUGUAUAA